CACCCACCACACCACCAACAAUCACCAUGGAACAACCCUCCUCCUCUUCCUCUCCCCCUCCCUCCCCAUCUUCAUCCUCCCCCGAAACAGCCUUCAUCUCAGGCCCCCUCGAAACUGGCUCCGACGCCUCCUACUUCCACACCCACUACGUCCCCCGCAUCAACGAAGCCAUCUCCCGCGGCGACCAUUUUGUCAUCGGCCCAACCCCCCACGGCGUCGACGCCAACGCCCUCGGCUACCUCCUCGCCUACCCCAUUUCCCCAUCCCGAAUAACGAUCUUCGUCACCCCCCUCGAGGACGAAAUGUGGGGGGACCGAUUCCGGAAACUAAACGUCAACCUGCACGUGCUGCAGGGUGAUACGAAUCCCACUGCGCGGGACCGCGACGCGGCCAUGACGGCUGCUAGCUCGUAUGAUAUUCUCCGGUGGAGGACGAGGAAUGAGGCAAGGGCGUUCUAUGGGGCGAGGUUUACGGAGGGGUUUGUUACGAAUACGGAGCGGAAUUGGAGGCGGAGGACGGGGAUU